AUGUUGACAGUUUUGACUCUGGCCUCCCUGAGUCUCGUGGUGUGGGCGUCUGAUGUCUGCCCUCCAUCCUGCCUGUGUCUCCACAACAUGACCAGUGUUGAAUGUCAGGCCAAAGGACUGAAGCAGAUCCCCGAGCUGCUGCCGGACUGCACCAAAUAUCUGUACCUCUCAUACAACAACAUACAGGAAGUACCCGAACGUGGGCUGGAUGAGCUGCUGAUCCUGGAUCUGACCAGAAAUAAGCUAAACGUCUUCCUGUCUGUCAACAAAGUCUGGCCCAGGAUGAAGAAUCUGUCCACUCUCUUCCUACGUGAUAACGGCCUCAAGUCCCUACAUCCUGCUCAGUUCAUGAACUGCCCAGCUCUCACCAUACUUGACCUGAAGGAGAACCAGAUCGAACAUCUGCCGGCCGGAUUCCUCCGCGGGUUAGACAAUUUGAAGACACUGUUCCUGAACUUUAACAAGAUUCAAACAGUGCAGGUUGGCGGACUGGAGGGAGCGCUCGCCCUCACCGACCUCCACCUCAGCCAUAACUGGAUAACUCAGAUAGAGGACGGUGUUUUCGUGAACUCCACAGAGUUAAAGAAACUAGUUCUGUCCAAAAACAGGAUCAAAAGCGUCAGCGAGGCUGGUUUCAGAGGAGCGACGGCUCUUCAACACCUCGACCUGGCAGAUAACGUGCUGGAGAAAGUUCCAGCUGAGGCUCUGAAGGACGUUAAUAGGCUCAAGAUUCUCCAUCUACAGAGGAACAAUCUCAUCAGGAUUCGAGAGGACAGCUUCUCCUCACUGGGUCACUUAGUCCAUCUGGACCUGGCCCACAACAAGCUGACCACUCUGUCUGACGGAUCGCUGAGAGGCCUGACCAAUCUGACUGAACUGGACCUCAGUCGAAACCUCAUAGAUUCUCUUCCCUCAGGUGCUUUCGCUGACCUGAUCAGCCUGGAGUUACUCGAUUUGUACGGGAACAAGCUGACAUCUCUACCCCCGGACGUUUUCGCUGAGUUAACCCGACUGAAAGAGCUGGUGCUGGGCAGCAAUCGGAUCUCAGCGUUACCAGAUGGGGUGUUUGAUUCACUUUGCAAACUCAUUGAUUUGCAGCUGUCUAACAACCUCAUUGUGGAGCUCCGUCCGGCCGUGUUCACCGAGCUGAAGUCUCUACAGAACCUGUAUCUGGAGAACAAUGCUAUGACCCACAUCCCUAAGAGCCUUUUCCACGAGAUGAGCGAGCUCAGGGAGAUACACCUUGAUGACAACCGCAUCACGUCUCUACAUUCGUCUGUCUUCCACGGUUUAGAUAAACUAAACUUACUGAGACUCUCCGGGAAUCGUAUUUCCUCUGUGCACUCGCACCAGUUCAAGAAUCUCACUGCUUUAAAAGAGUUAAGACUUGACAAAAACCUCAUAGUUGAACUUCCCACAAACGUGUUCAGUGGUUCCAGAAACCUCGUAACACUGGACGUGAGCGACAAUCAAAUCUCAGAGCUGUCCGUUCAUCAUUUCUCAAACCUGCACCGCCUCAAAGAGCUCAGGCUGAACUUCAACCAGCUUCACAGCGUCCCCCUCCCCGUCUUUCACUCCCUCCACAACCUCCGCAAACUUCUGCUUAAGAACAACAGCCUGGACGGUUUACACCCUCACCUCUUCGUCCGGCUGUCAAAACUCACAGAACUCAACUUGGACGGCAACAAGCUGGCUCGCCUGCAUCCUCACGCCUUUCUCGGACUGACAAACCUCCAGAGACUGAGCUUGAAGUCCAACCAGCUCAGGGCGGUGGAGAGUGGGACUUUGGAGCCUUUGACAAACCUAAGCGUUGUCUAUCUGUCGGGGAAUUUGUGGGACUGCACCUGUGUAGAUAUUCUGUACAUCAGCAACUGGGUCAACACGCACGGAGACAAGCUGGGCGACCAGCCCACCUGUUUCUCCACUUUAUCGUCAAGCUCCUCUUUCUCACCCGUUACUGAGGGUGUACAACUGUCACAGCCAGCUCUGACUCCUCUGUCACUGGAUGAUUGUGUUAAAAGUGCCACGAGUGGUUUGCAUUCGUUUCCUCUGAAAAUGCAGACUCUGCUUACCCUGUCUCUCACAGCUGUCUCCCUGCCAUGGCAGCCUUUGAAGUGGUUUGGUUUGGUUCUCUAGAACCUUGUGUUGCAUUUUGUUGCUCUUUGUGCAAGCAUUGCUUCUGGUUUUAACAUGUCAUCAUUCCAGGCUUUUUUGUAAAAAAACUAAACAAAACAAAAAAAAAACAUCAAAAAACUGCUGUUCAUGAACAUUUUGGAGCUUCAUUCAUGGUCUGGGUCUCUUUUGAAAGCAGAGACUCUGAUGUUUCUAUCACAAAAGAAGAAUCACUCCAAGUGGUUUUCUUCUUGAGUAAUCAA